ACGGCCAACAUUUAUUUACACUCACAGAUAACGUAAAUUGGAUAAUGAUCUCAAAUGGAGAACAACUUCAGAUUACUAUUCUGUAGUCUUUUCCUUUUCCUUUUAUGUCAGUAUGCCUUUGGAGCCAAGAAGAAGAAGGAUCUAGAGACAGUUUUUGAGUACAAUCCUGCUACCUGUGAGGACAAAGCAUAUGAUGGUGACAUUGUGUCUGUUCACUAUACAGGUACACUGGAGAAAGGACAAAUAUUUGACUCAUCCCUAGCAAAAGGAAGACAACCACUUGAGUUCCAGUUGGGCAAAGGGAAGGUUAUCAAAGGUUGGGAGAUGGGUAUAAAAGGAAUGUGCAUUGGAGAAAAAAGAAAAUUUAUCAUUCCUUCUCACCUAGGGUAUGGAGCUCGCGGAAUUCAGAAUGUUAUUCCAGCCAACUCUGUACUGAUUUUUACAACCGAGCUCAUGUCUAUUAAGAGGAAGUCGCUGUUUGAUCCAAAGUUAAUUCUGCAAAUAGGGUUUUGGCCGGUCUUGGCUGGAGUGAUUUUGUACUAUCUGUAUAGAAAGGCAUGUAAAGAAUCUAGCAAGCCUGAAACAAAGUAA